AUGAGCGAACUGGGAGCUGGUGUCUGGGUCCACACACGGAUACCAGAUCAUGAUCGACUCACUCUUGAUCUUGGCGUGGCUGGUUUACACGCUGACAUGAGUCUCGGAGAGGCUACUGCCUACAUCACAAGUCUUCUCGCGAUCCUGAAAAAGAGACAGGAAGUGUUGUCGCAGAAGGAGGAGUUCUUGGUCUGGCAGAUAGGACAAUUCCAUCAUAUCUUGUCAGCCCCUCCAGAGCCCAACGUUGCCUCUUCAGCUCUGUAG